AUGAAGGUCUCCACUCUCCUUGUCACUGCCUCCGCCCUGACCACGGCAGCUCUUGCAGCGCCUUUGCACACUCUUUGCGGAGGCUAUUGGUGGGGAGGUCCAUCCGACUGCGGUAUUGGCUACGAGUGCUACUAUGUAAAUGCAUACUUCUCUGUCUGCGUCCCGACAACGCCCUGGACCGUCACCAGCAUCACUCGCAUCACCGCGGGUGAAUCCACUACGAUUGGCGUAACGAGAACGACAGGAGGGUCUGAUAGCACCAUCACCCGAAUCACAGGUACUGAUUCGACCAUCACACGCUCGACGGGUGGCAAUGGCUCAACCGUCACUCGUACAACCGGGAGCGACUCUACAGUCACCCGUACCUCGGGCUCAGAUUCUACUGUCACAAGGACGACGGGUAGUGACUCGACCAUCACCAGGACGAGUGCAAGUGAUACAACGACUACACGUCCUAGCUCUAGCUCGUCCUCUAGUUCUUCCGUUACGCGCACUACAGCCUCCAGCUCCUCUAUCACGCGUCCUACAGAUUCCUCGACCUCUUCCGUCACCCGUUCCACGGAUUCUUCUAGCUCGUCCGUCACUCGUGCUACAGACUCGGCGAGUUCAACCCCCACGAGGAUCACGGAUCCUCCUGGUGGACCCAUCACCCGUACUACCGCGAGCGGCUACGGUCUCACCAUUGGUGCAUAA